AUGUCGGACCCCGCUUGGGGAGACUUGCAUGGGCGCCCGGCCGAGCUCUCCGGAGACCUGUCCUCACAGGAGGAAGAAGAGGAGGGCGACUCCGACGGCGGGGCCAGCGGCUUGGGUUCCUGCUCCUCAGCCAGCAGCGACACUGAUCUGGAGCCUGAGUGGCUGGACAGCGUGCAGAGGAAUGGAGAGCUGUUUUACCUGGAACUGAGUGAGGAUGAGGAGGAAACUCUCCUUCCAGAGACACAGACUGUGAACCAUGUCAGGUUCAGUGAGAAGGAGGUCAUCAUUGAAGACGAUGACACCAGAGAGAGAAAGAAGUAUGAACCCAAGCUCAAGCGCUUCACCAAAAUCCUGAAAAGCAAAAAACUUUUACCUAAGCGCUACCACAAAAAGAAUAGCAGUGACAAUGGGCCUGUGUCCAUUUUGAAGCAUCAAUCCAACCAGAAGACUGGAGUUACUGUACAACAGCGGUACAAGGAUGUGACUGUCUAUAUUAACCCCAAAAAGCUAACGGUCAUCAAAGCCAGGGAGCAGCUCAAACUCUUGGAAGUGCUGGUGGGAAUUGUCCAUCAGACCAAGUGGAGCUGGAGAAAGAGCGGGAAGCAGGCCGAUGGGGAGAGGCUCGUGGUGCACGGCCUGUCACCAGGAGGCUCUGCCAUGAAGAGUGGUCAGGUCCUGGUUGGCGAUGUCCUUGUUGCUGUGAAUGAUGUAGAUGUGACUUCUGAAAACAUAGAGAGAGUUCUGUCUUGCAUCCCUGGACCAAUGCAGGUGAAGCUGACAUUUGAGAAUGCAUAUGCUGUGAAAAAGGAAACAGCCCAGCCCAAAAAGAAAAAGACACAGUCGAGCACAAAUGAUUUGGUGAAACUUCUCUGCGGGUCAGAGGCCGACAGCAUCCAGCACAGUAUCCUGGACACCCCGCACAUCAGCAUGUAUCUCACGCUGCAGCUCCAGUCAGAGAUGUCCAAGGAGGAGCAGGAAAUUCUGUACCAUUACCCAGUGUCUGAAGCCUCUCAGAAACUCAAGAGUGUAAGGGGGAUUUUUCUCACACUCUGUGACAUGCUGGAAAGUGUAACUGGAACACAAGUUACCAGCUCAUCCCUCCAUUUAAAUGGGAAACAAAUUCACGUUGCUUUUUUGAAAGAAUCUGACAAGCUGUUGUUAAUUGGCCUGCCUGCUGAAGAAGUUCCUCUUCCCCAGCUAAGGAACAUGAUAGAAGAUGCAGCCCAAACCCUGAAGUUCAUGUAUGGUUCCUUAGACAGUGCCUUCUGCCAGGUUGAGAACACUCCUCGUUUGGAUCAUUUCUUCAGCUUGUUCUUUCAACGAGCUCUUCAACCUGACAAGUUGCAUCUCAGUGCCACCCCUAGUGCUCAACAAUACGAUGCAGCCAGUGCUGUGCUUUUGGACAGCCUCCCUGCAGUCCGUUGGCUCACACUUCCACAGGAACUCAAGGUGGAGUUGGACACAGUGCUGAGUGACCUUGAGGCUGCCGACUUUGAAGAACUGUCUGAGGAUUACUAUGACAUGAGACGGCUGUACACAAUUUUGGGGUCUUCUCUGUUUUACAAGGGUUACUUGGUAUGCAGCCAUCUACCUAAGGAUGAUAUUGUUGAGAUUGCUGCAUACUGUCGCCAGUACUGCCUGCUGCCUUUAGCAGCAAAGCAAAGAAUUGGCCAGCUGAUAAUAUGGAGAGAAGUCUUCCCACGGCACCACUGCCAGCCUCCUGCAGACUCAGACACCGAGGUCUUCCAGGAACCUGAAGGGAGAUAUUUUUUACUAAUUGUCGGGCUGAGACAUUAUAUGUUGUGUGUGUUGUUAGAAGCCGGAGGCUGUACAUCUAAAGCUACUGGGAAUCCUGGUCCAGAUUGUAUCUAUGUAGAUCAGGUCAGAACAACUCUUCAUCAGCUGGAAGGAGUAGAUUCCCGCAUAGAGGAACGGCUAGCCUCAUGUCCCAGGCCCUGCCUGUCUUGUGCUGACUGGUUCCUUGCUGCACCACAUGAAAAGGCAGAUAGUUUGACCACUUCACCUAUCCUCAGUAGACUUCAGGGGUCCACCAAAACAGCGACCUCUCCAACAUGCAGAAGAACCUUUUUCAGUGACUAUCCCUUCAAGGCACGGAAGCCCAGUCCCUCCCGGGGUAGUGGAGGAUGUGAGCCUGGUGAAGGUGGAGAAGGUGUUGGUCCUAGCCCACACACUACCCCAGCUGCAGUACUGAAGCAAAGAGAAUCUGAUGGUUCAGAGGACAGCAUGGCCUUGCUUAAGCUCACUAGAAAGAAAUCAACGCUUCCAAAUCCAUUUCAUUUGGGAAAUUCGAAAAAAGAACUUUCAGACAAAGAAUUGGAAGUCUAUAACACGAUGAAAUUGACCUCUGGUCCUGAGAAUACACUCUUCCACUAUGUUGCCUUAGAAACAGUGCAGGGCAUCUUCAUCACUCCUACCCAUGAAGAGGUGGCUCAGCUAGGCGGUUCUGUCCAUGCUCAGCUAAUUAAGAAUUUCCAUCAGUGUUGUCUCUCUAUCCGUGCAAUUUUCCAACAGACAUUGAAGGAAGAGAAAAAGAGAGCACUGCAUGGUGAAGAUCAUUCAGAGUCUGCAGAUUCAGUGUCUUCUCUCACCCCUGUGAAAGAACAUGGAGUGCUAUUUGAAUGUUCACCGGAAAACUGGGCUGAUCAGAAAAAACCACCACCAGUUAUGGCUUACUGGGUAGUGGGGAGACUCUUCCUUCACCCAAAACCUCAGGAACUGUAUGUCUGUUUUCAUGACUCGGUCACAGAAAUUGCCAUUGAAAUGGCAUUUAAAUUGUUCUUUGGAUUAACAUUGUAGCUGUGUUUGUAGGAUUCAAAGGAACACACAAAUGGACCAUGGAACAGUGUCAGAAUGGCCGACAUCAACAUAUAGAGAUAAGGCUCAGCUUAGUUGUUUUUCAGUAUUGAACUUAUCUUUUUAAAUAUUGAAAUGCAAUUCUGUUGGGUUUUGCAUCAAUUCAUAUAUAGUAUUAUAGAAGACAUCUGAGUAGAUACUUGAUCAAAAUAUGGAGACAAGAUUGCUAAUUUAUUGCCAUUUUGGUAUACCAUCCUAAUUUAUUGAAUAGUUUUAAAUAAUGUGAAUUCUUUAAUAAAAAAAUAUAGAUGUUUAUUUGGAGAUCAUAGUUAACUCAUUGUUUUUCCUAAAACCCAAUACUGACUUAUAUCUGGUGAAGGAAUGAAAUUGAGGACAUGACAAGGUUCUGUAGUUGGUCAGUUCUGUAUUGUGAGGGGCUCUGCACCUGUCAGGCCUCAGAAUAUCUGUGUACUAAUAAUAUUACUAUUGAAUUGGGAUUUUUGAAAGUACCAGUUAAGAAAAAUACAUUGUUUUCCUUUUUCGUAUUAGUGUCUAAAUUUGCCUUAUCUGUGUUCUGGUUUCUUAAAAUCAAAAGCCUGUGCAUAAGUUUAAGUAUUUUAGUAGAUACCUCAGUGCAAAGGAAGAGGUGAAGGAUGAAGUUUAAUGUUAAUUUAUAUUUACUUGAUUCUCUUUAUUCUUUGUGAUGAACCUUAUUUUGGAAUAGGAGACAUUUUUAAUCAUCCAUAAGCUCCCAUUUCUUUUUCUAUUCUUGUUGAAGUACAUUCUGGUACACAUACAUU